UAAUAUAUUUUUUUAACCAAUUAUUAGGUUUCAAAUGUUAGUUCAAAGAGAUUGUAUCACACCAAACAUAAUUUAUAUAUUAAAUUAUCUCGUUAAUUACAGAACAUUGCAGUAAUUCUCCCUAUUAUUAUAAAAGGCGGGUAGGGUACGCAGUGUCAAGCGGCAUGUUCGUGUAUGGUAAAGUUAGAAUAUUACGUCUUAGAAUAUUAUUUUAAAUUGGUUGUUAUUAUGUUUGUAAUAAAUGAAUAAAGUUAAUAUAGGUAUUUGUACAAGUAUUACUUUUCAUCGUCAACCCGAUGAGAUAUUACAUGCUAUCGUAGAACUUUUCGUAGAACUUACACUAAAGAUAAAAGUGUCUCCCGUAUUUAUAGGUUCGUAAAACUGCUGACGUUUCAGGAUAUGGCGGCAUUUCCGAUUAAGUGCCUGUUUAUGACCGUGGACGUAUAAACAAUCUACCGUUGCUUUUAUAGAUAAUAAUUUGUAAUUUAUAAUAGUUUAUAUAUUUAUUUUAGAGAUUAAUAUCUUUAUACAGGUUGUUUAUUUAGUCAUCUGCAAUAAUUUACGGGAUGAAUAUAUAGGUCAUACUGAACAACUUUUACUGUGGGUCCAACCACGAAAUCGCGAAAUUCUCUUAUUAGUCAUUCGGAUCUAGAGCACAGAGACCUUACAGAUAACCGCAGCCAAAUAACUUUACACCCUACUCAUAGUAUUGUGUUCCUGCUGGUGAGUAACGUUGCCAGAACUCAACGAGGGUGUGGAAUGUUAGGGUCGGCAACUCCAGAGCAGUCUUGCUUAUCAUCAGGCGGGACGUAUGCUUGUUUGCCACCGACGUAGUAUAAAAAAAGAUAAAACACCGCGACAAAAUGUCAGGAAUGAGUCCACGCUUGCUGUAUACAAAUCUGAUUAAAACUUUUGUUUCAGGUGUAGAAGCUGGAAAGGAUGGAGCGGUGGCACCGAUGCCGGGAGAGCACACCAAGCCAGAGGUGUCGACAUAUUGCGUGGUUGGAGGGGCACACGCUUGUAUUCUUAGGAUAUCCAGUUUCUUCGGUCUAGCGCCGCUAAAGUUCGAAACGCAGUCCAACGGCUUCGCAGUCACUAUAUCUAGCGCUAUGUGCAUAUAUAGUUAUACAUUAGUCACAAUAUUAGUAAUAUGCACAAUCUUCGGGCUCGCGACGGAAAUCAACAUCGGGGUCGAACUGUCUGUGCGAAUGUCGUCACGAAUGUCACAGGUCGUAUCGACAUGCGACGUGUUAGUGGUGGUGAUCACCGCGGGCGCCGGCGUGUAUGGCGCCCCGAGGAGGAUGCGGGAGAUGCUCAAGUUCAUGGAUAAUGUAGCGUCGGUGGACAACAGUAUAGGAGCCCAAUAUUGCCCCGCCAAUGAGCGUAAACUCUGCGCGAUACUGCUGGCGAUCCUCAUCUUCUUCACCGUGCUAAUCACAGACGACUUCUGCUUUUAUGUGCUGCAGGCCAAGAAGAUAAACAGAGAAUGGGACAUAGUGACGAACUACAUCGCCUUCUACCUGCUGUGGUACGUGGUGAUGGUGCUGGAGCUGCAGUUUGCAUUCACCGCUCUGUCCAUGCGUUCGCGGUUCCGUGCAGUCAACGACGCUAUCGCGCUUACGGCACGACACGUCGCCAUACCGCUGGAGAAGUUGGAACAACCAACGCCCGUGAACAUGUUCGCGAUCCGCGUCGCUCCGUCCGACCCGCGUCGCUCUGCCAGCAACAUCAGCUUGCUGGUCGACUCGCUGCCCCAGGCCGACCAUCCCGUUAUUAUUAGGAAAAAUGUAAACGGCGAUCCUCGUCUAAUCGUGCCCCCGUGCGAGGCCAUCCGUCGGUUGGCAGCGCUCCACGGCUCCUUGUGUGAAGUGGUGCAGCGGAUUGACAGAAGCUAUGGGCUCCCGCUCGUAGUUAUACUGCUGUCUACGUUGCUGCAUCUCAUUGUUACGCCGUACUUCCUUAUUAUGGAGAUCAUUGUAUCUACGAAUCGAAUCCACUUCUUGGUGCUCCAGUUUCUGUGGUGCGUCACCCACAUGCUGCGCAUGUUCGUCGUGGUUGAACCAUGUCACUACACCAUUACUGAAGGCAAAAGGACCGAACAGCUGGUUUGCCAGCUGAUGACAUACGCGCCGUCCGGCGGCGCACUGCCCUCGCGGCUGGAGCUGUUCUCCCGGCAGCUCUUGCUGCGCUCCGUCAACUACUCCCCGCUGGGGAUGGCCACGCUGGACCGCCCGCUGGUCGCUUCUGUAAGACGUAGACUUAUUCCUUUCUUCUUCUCAACCUUCCUUUUUUCUUCUUUUCAUCCUUGUACGAAGACCGUCUGACCUGCGUUGUCGAAGGCAAGAUAUUAAUGGCGUUGCUGGUAAUGUCAUGUUGGAGCCGCUGGUCGCUUCUAUAAAACUCCUUUGCUUUCUCUUUCCCAUUUCCAUUCAGUUUCGGGCUACGCACCAGGGCCUUCUGCCAUAGGUUGUCGAUGGCGAGAUAUUGACAGACAAAUAAAAAAAAAAUAAAGAGUGAAGAGUAUCACUGAGCCGUGACCCUUUUGUCCUGCUGCAACGCACACAGUAUGUAGGUAGGUACUUUUAUUUUAUUUUAUUGUUUAUUAAUUAUGCCUAUUUUGUUGUCUCAAUUUUCUUUUGUGCUAUUUUCAUUUUGUUCCUGUAAUAAUUUGUGUUCUUUAUGAUGAUUUAAACUUUAUAUUGUGUGUUUUUGCAGCUGCCAAAUAAAUGAUUUAUCUAUCUAUCUAUUCAGAGUUUUUAGAUCCUUCUCUGCGUCACACAUGUAAGACACGUUUUUGUAAAACUCAUGUAGCCGUCCAUUCUUGCCUCUUUCCCAUUUUUAAUUUUGAUUGGACGGAGACACCAGGACAGUCCUGGAUCGUCAGUGGCAAGAUAUUCAGGGAUUUUAGUUUUUUCUCAAUCUGAAUCACCAUGAAGUAGAGGUGAUCUUUCUGCUGGAGCUGCUAUCCCGGAGGCUCUUGCUGCACUCCGACACCUACUACCCGCAGGGGAUUUCCACGCCUAACCAAUAAUUAUUAUUCUCUCCAAUUUUUUAAAUACAUAAUUAAAUUUUAAUAAAAUUCUCAAUAGUUUGUUAUAAAUAUUUGAUCCAUUCGUCCUAAAAUAUUUUAAUUCUCUUAAGAUGCGCAUUUAUUGUUUGGUUGAAUGCAUAGAUUAGUAUACCCCCUUAUUCAUAAACGUGUACUAAAGUCACGAUGCCGCUAAUAAUCGUUUGUCCCUUUCCAUCAUACCAAUACGUCGGAAAGGGACAAACGAUUAUUAGCGGCAUCGUAACUUUAGUACACGUUUAUGAAUAAGGGGGUUAAUGUCUCAUUUUUGUUGCAGGUGAUCGGCGCAGUAACUACGUAUUUAGUUAUUUUAAUACAGUUCCAAAGAUAUGACAGUUAAAAUUGACUGACCUGUAGGUAUAGUUAUCGCACUGUAAGAAGCCACGCAUACAACACACGUCGUUUAUAUGUAACUGCUAGCGUAUUCUUUGCUGUAUGUGAUUAUAUCUAUCAAUAAUUCGAAACAUAUUCGGGACAUAUUUCAUGCUAAAAGGGGGGAUUGCGUCAGGGGGAGGGGAGGAACGCUAGUGUGCGUAAAGCACUAUACUCGUACCUCAAGGUAUCAUACUACAUUCGUUUUAAGCUGGAUAUAAUUUGAGUGUCUUUCCCAUUCAUUAGAAAAUAACUUGACCGAAUCAUAGGUAAUAUUUGUUAUUAUGAUUUAAAAAUUGCUUGCUAUCGAUAUUGACAAAGAUAAUUUGAAAUAGAGGUGUAUUGUCAAAGAAAACUUUGUAGCGACGUAAAUUUACUGCCAUCUUUCGACACAUUUAAAACUUUUAGAAUGUCAUUUGACUUUGAUCCUUAUUCAUUCACUGAUAUGUUUUAAAUUUGUUAAAUAUCGAAAAGUGGCGCCAUCUUACCGGGCACUACCUAAAGGUUAUGACGCCAUCGCUCGAAACGAUGCUGCUAUACCUUUGGCCUUUGAUCUAUUAGAUGGCGCCACUUGUUGAUGUUUAACUCAUAUCAGUAAAAUGCUAUGUAUAUUGGCUUGCCUUUCCUGUGGGUCCGGCCAGUGAGGUCGAGAGGGUUGCGCAGGUGCAGGGCAUCCCUGCGUUUUCCUUGAAUCUGUCCCAGGCGGUGUAAUGUCUCUAGACAUUGCACCAUAGAACGUCUGAAAUAGACGCUAAGGCCAGUAGUAUCAGUAAAAUAAUAAGGAUCAAAGUCAAAUCUAAAAGUUCAAAUUAUUUAUCGAAAGAUGGCAGUAAAUUUACAUCGGUACAAAGUUUUCUUUGACAAUACACAAUACAUCUCUAUUUCAAAUUCUCUUUGAUCUUGAUAACAAAUGCAAACGUAUAGGAGCGGCCUUAGUGCACGCUGCUCACGUCACUUGUGAGCCCGACGCCACGCAUCUUAAGUCAAUAUUUAAUUAAUCACUAGAACUAGCACCUAAUGCCCCGAAAAACCAGGCUAUGUUUAAUAAUAGUUUUGAAAAGGGGACGAAUAGAUUUGUUCAUGGACCAAAAUACAAAUAUUGUAUUGUCAUCCAAUUUCUUAAUCAUACAUAUGUAUGCAAAAACGGGAAGUGGGUCCAAUUUAGCUUCCAAGAUUUGACCCAUACUAACAAAUGAACAUACAUACUAUUCAUACUAACAAGGCAAGUCAAAUAAAAGCUAUAAGUAAAAAAGCUAAUCUAUAUGUAAGAAACGGAACGUAUAUAAAUCCUGUAAUAUAAAAUAUACAUGUGUAUAUUAUAUAUAUCAGAUACAUCUAGUCAAACGUAUAAGUGUAAGGCCCGAGUGGACGCUCGCUGGGCGGGGCGUGCAGCGUGGCGUCGGGCUCACAAGUGACGUGAGCAGCGUGCACUAAGGCCGCUCCUUUACGUUUGCAUUUGUUUAACAUGCACGCCGCACGCCCCGCCCCGCUGCACGCCCAACUCAAGCGUCCACUCAGGCCUUACACUAAGUAAGUAUAACCUACUAGACUACAUAUAGUAGUGUACAUAAUAAGAGUUGUAUGCUAAUCUAGUCAUAAAAUAAAACGAUUUUUUCGUUCAAGUUCCUAUAUUUACAGUCAUUAUUUCAAAAUAUACAUGUGGUUUAAUAAGAAAAUACAUAAAAUGUAUAAUAGAAUAUAUUAUAUUAUGCGGUAGGUAAGUAAAAAAUUGUCAAGCACU